AUGGCCGCCCCUUCAUCCCAAGAUAAAGAGCGGCGCAUCAACCUGAGCAUCAACCGCCUGGUCUCCCACCUUGCCCCUCCACCCGACGCCCUGCCCGACGACGAGGCCCAAGCCCACCAGUUCUCGCUCUUCAGCCAGGCCAAGGCCGACCUUCUCGCCUCCCCAUCGUCCCUCGAUGCCUCCGAUAUCAACAAUGCCGCCGAUGCCAUCAAGCGCAAGCUGCUCGCCAAGGACCCGGCCCAGGCCCUGCGCUUCUCCAACCUCUACUCGCGCCUUCUAUCCUUGCCCGUUCUCAACCGGAAGUGGGCCAUGCUCUUCUUUCUAAACGAGCUCUCAGACCUGCGGAAUCCAGAAGACGACAGCGACCCCUCGCCAGCAUACCCAGACUACGCGCCGGACGAGCGGCCGGCAAGGCAGGACCGGAGACGCCAACUCCAUGGAGAGGACAGAGGGUCGACGCCAGGGUCGACAAGGAGUGCUCAAGAGCCCGCGAGACAAGCACAUCCACAAAAUGACAUAAUACCAGAUGGACUAAGAAGGGGGGUGCCGCGAGGUAGAGGAUUAAGGGAGGAAGAAGCCCCAGAGGAACAAGACCAAGACUCCGACCACCCGCCAUCAGCGCCCUCGAGGCCCUUGUCAUCAGUCGGCGACCACAGACGGCGAGCUACGGCUGAGAGGGUGCCCGUAAGCCCGUCUAAGCCGCGGGAUGUCUCCAUCAAAUCCAAACAAUUAUCCGACAACUUCUCCAGUAUCGACCCAUCUGAGCCUGCCUUAUUACGAGACCUACCAUACACAUUACAGGGACUCUCUUCUGCGAGCCUGCCAUUUGGCAAGGAAUACACUCUGAGGCUUCCACAGAGCCUCCCGACCCCUAUAGUUUCAAUCCUUAACACCCUGGCGGAGCCGUCACUGCUCUACCGCACCCUCGAGGACUUUGUCAAGACUCCGGCCAAGAGCUUACUGGAUCAAAGCCUGCGUGCUGCCAUUAGCAAUGAGCUCCGCGCAUACCUCACACUCGUCGCGACCCUGGAGGGCCAGAUCCGGAUGGCCCUUGCCACCAUCAACGACAACGCCCCUCGAAGUGGGAUCGGCAAGGCUGGCGUCACCCUGAAGCGCUGCGUUGUCUGGACGAGAGAGGCAACAAUGGGUCUCAGACUCAUGAGCCUGAUAGCAGAAGAGUCCAAAAACAAAAAAGGUGGCCAGCUUAUCUCCUUAAUCCACUCCUUCUCGUCCAUGCACGGCGACCCCAUCGUGGGCGCCUUUGCCGAGAGACUCCUGACUCCUGUCACUCGCCCGUUCUACGACAUAUUGCGUCAUUGGAUAUAUGACGGUGAGCUAUCAGACCCAUACCAGGAGUUCUUCGUGCGGGAGCAGACGCCGGAGCAGAUGCCCAAGGGCAAGUCGGGAUCGACCAACGUCUGGGAGGACAAGUACCUCGUCGUACAGGACAUGAUCCCGUCCAUCAUCACGGCCGACUUCGCCGAGAAGGUCUUCCUGAUCGGCAAGUCCCUCAACUUCAUCCGCCACUCGUGCGGCGACGCCCACUGGGUCGAGUCGUACUCCAAGGAGUCCUCCAAGGAGCUGCGCUACGGCGACACGGCGACCCUGGAGGCCUGGAUCGACGAGGCCUACAAGACGACCAUGCGCCGCCUGCUGCACCUCAUGACAGACAAGUUCCACCUCUUCGACCACCUGCGCGCGCUCAAGUCGUACAUCCUGCUGGGCCAGGGCGACUUCAUCGCGCUGCUCAUGGAGUCGCUCGCCGCCAACCUCGACCGCCCCGCCGGCGCCCAGUACCGACACACGCUGACGGCGCAGCUGGAGCACGCGAUCCGCGGGUCCAACGCCCAGUACGACAGCCCCGAGGUGCUGCGCCGGCUGGACGCGCGCAUGCUGCAGCUUAGUCACGGCGACAUCGGCUGGGACUGCUUCACGCUCGAGUACAAGAUCGACGCGCCGUGCGACGUCGUCGUCUCGGACUGGGGCGCGCGCCAGUACCUCAAGGUCUUCAACUUCCUGUGGCGCGUCAAGCGCGUCGAGUUCGCCCUGUCGUCGGCCUGGCGCAAGGCGACGACGGGCUCGCGCGGCGUGCUGCAGACGCCCCGCCCCCAGGUCGCCGAGGCCUGGCGCACCACGCGCGGCGUCCUGGCCGAGAUGGUCCACUUCGUCGGCCAGCUGCAGUACUACAUCCUGUUCGAGGUCAUCGAGUCGUCGUGGACCGAGCUGCAGGCCAAGCUGCGCGCCCCCGACGCCACCCUCGACGACGUCAUCCGCGCCCACGCCGCCUACCUCAACGCCAUCACCCACAAGGGCCUGCUGGGCGUGCGCCGCCGCCGCUUCGCCGGCGCCGACCGCGACGAGGACGAGAACAGCUACAUGGUCCAGCUGGCCGACCUGCUGCGCAGCAUGCUGGCCUACCGCGACUGCGUCGACGGCCUGUACUCGUGGUCCGUGUCCGACUUCACGCGGCGCCAGGAGCUCGACUUCCAGGCCACGUCGCGCAGCCGGGCCGGGCCGCCGCGCCCGGAGGAGGACGAGGACGAGGACCGGCAGCAGCCGCCGGGCGGGCCCGAGUCCGAGUUCCCCGUGCUCCGCGAGCGUCUGCGCCACCUGGGCGACCGCUUCCGCAACAAGCUGCAGGUGCUGCUCGGCGACCUGGCCUACCAGGCCGACGUGGACCUGCGGUUCCUGGGCGUGGCCAUGAACUUCAACGACGUGUACCAGCCCAUCCGCAAGAAGCCCAAGGGGACGCCGGCAGCGAGCACGACGAGCGGCGGCGGGAAGUGA